AUUUUUCUAACCUAACAAAAAACCUUCAAAUGCAAUAUACAAUACCCAAAUAUACCCAAUUACCGUAAACCAGAAAUGAUAUUUUAUAGUAUAUAAUAUACUCCAAUAGUUUUAAAUAUUAUUAUUAUUUGCUACAAGGAAAAUGUCAGAUUACGGAAUUAAUCGCAAAAAGUUAGACCCCAAGAAAAAAAAUUUCACUAUAGUAAAAGAAACAAUUACUGGAACUGACGGGAGAAGUUUUUCGGGAUCCAAGACUGAGGGAUCAUUGAAAUUAGGUUUAAGUAAUGAUACUCCAAAGAAACAACCCACCAUUCUGCUGAAAGCAAGAGAACCAAAUGCAGAAGAUGUCAGUGCUUCUCCAAAGCGCAAUCAGAAAGAUGAUCAUGUACAUACUACAGUUGCUAGCUCUAAGGAUGAAGCAAAUACACUACCAACUUUAAAAAUAAUGUCCAAGGCUAUGAAACUAAUAGAUGAAGGCGUGAUUUGCACAGAAUCAUUACAGGACUAUUUUAAUGAAAACAAUGAAUUUCUUAUAGUUGGAGUUGUAGGUGCUCAAGGUGUAGGAAAAUCAACUAUCAUGAAUCUUCUCUCCUACAGUAAAAUAACUGAAGACUUAAAGAAAGAAAUAUUUAAAACUGAAAAUAAUUCUAUUUCUAAGGAAUGUGAUAUUAAAAUUUUAACUGAGCAUUUUGAAAAAGUUGACUUAAAACAAGAUGAAAAGUUACGAAAGGAAAUAUUUAAAAUUGAAACUUCAGAAGAUAUAGAAAGAGGAUUUAAUAGAACACAAGGAAUUGAUAUAUAUGUUACACCAAAUAGGCUUAUCCUUUUAGAUUGCCAGCCCAUUUCAUCAGUAUCUGUAUUAGAGGAAUUGAUAAAAAGCGAAACCAAGAGAACCAAUUUAGUUAGUGAAUUUAUACCACUAGAAAACAGUGGAGAGAUUCAGGGAUUACAGCUAACUACAUUUCUAAUGUCUGUGUGUCAUGUUUUAAUAUUAGUACAAGAUUGGUUUUUAGAUAGUAAUGUGGUAAGGUUUUUACAUACUGCCGAAAUGUUAAAACCAACAAUACCAAAUCCAGAAGACGAAAUAACAGAUCAUUUUCCUCAUUUAAUGAUUAUGCAUAAUAGAGCACAGAUGGAAGAUUUUUCUCCUUCCAAGUUCAAAACAAUGCAACAGGUAUAUAAAACACUAUUUGAUAAAUCGAAAUUGAACAUAAAAUCGGAAAUAGGAUUGGGCUCUGGUCGAUUAAUUAGUUAUUUAAAUAGCGACAAUUGUGGAAGACCUAUUAAUUUAUUUUUAGUGCCUGAAAUUAACCUAAAUUCCAACGAUAUCUACACGGGCCAUCCGCCUCUAGAAGAAAUAAUUGCCAAGCUAAGAGCCAAUAUUUUGGGUUGUACACGUAAUUCAUUGACUCAUGUACAACUUACCGAAAGGACGUGGUUGCUAUAUUGUGCGAAAGUAUGGGACACAGUCAAAAAGAGUUCAUUCUUUGUGGAAUAUACGAAACUGAUGCCGUAGAAUAAGAAACUAAACUUACUUAGCGAAAUGAAUGUCAUUGUUAAGCAUUAAACGAUGUGAAGAAUAUUGAAAUACAUUUCUUUAAGCAGAAUGUAUUGAUAAUAAUAAUAAGUUGUAAUUUAUUUUUUUUAUUAAUUUUUCAAUUAUAGCAUUUUGAAUGUUAA